AUGGAUUUCUUAGCAUCAUCAAGAUCUUCAUCACCAAAAAUGUUCCAUGUUCUCAUUGCCAUUUGUGUCAUGGCUGCACUAGCUUGCCGGUCUGUGGAUGCUCAAGUUUUAGCAAAUGUGACAGCAGGGGCAUUCACACUUCAGGUGAAUUUAAGUAGUUCGACAUUUCUUGAAGAACUGAACAUUAGCAAAUCAGACUUUCCAAGUGAUUUUAUUUUUGGAGUUGGUACUGCUGCUGCACAGACUGAAGGGUCGCCCAAUGAAGGAGGGAGGGGACAAAGUGUUUGGGACUAUCGUGCUAAAAUACUCCCAGGUUCACAUAUCGUUUCAGCAGUUGAUGGAUAUAAAAGAUACAAGGAGGAUAUUUUGCUCAUCAAGGACCUUGGAGUAAAUUCUUACCGAUUCUCCAUCUCGUGGACUAGGAUCUUGCCAAAUGGAAGCUUAAGUGGCGGAAUUAACCAAGAGGGUGUUGAUCACUAUAACAGUUUGAUUGAUGAAUUAGUCAAAAAUGGAAUCACACCUUUUGUGACAAUUUUACACUUUGACCUGCCACAAGCCGUCGAAGACAAAUAUGGAGGUUACUUGAAUCGCUCAUUUGUGGAUGACUUUAGAGACUAUAGUGAACUUUGUUUCAAAUUAUUUGGAGACAGAGUUAAACAUUGGUUCACAUUUAAUGAACCAAGAAUUAUUGCAUCUUAUGGUUAUGAGUUGGGGAUUGCCCCACCAGGGAGGUGUUCACUUCCAAAAGAUAUAUGUGUAUUUAAAUCUCCAGUUCCAGGGAAAUGUUUAAUGACAGUAGGUCCGUGUAACUUUGGUGGUAACUCAUCCACUGAACCUUACGUUGUAGCCCAUAACCUCAUUCUUGCUCAUGCCAACGUGGCUAAGCUCUACCGAGAAAAAUACCAGGCAAAACAAAAAGGUGAAGUUGGAAUUGUGCUUGUUACACCAUAUUAUGUGCCUUUUUCAAAAUCACAAGAAGAUCAAGAUGCAGCAAAUCGACUUUUCGACUUCUACUUAGGAUGGUUUAUGGAUCCAUUUGUGUUUGGAGAGUAUCCAAAAAGCAUGAGAGAGUUGGUGAAGGAGAGGCUGCCUGAGUUUACUGAAGAAGAGAAAGUGAUGGUUAAGGGAAGUUUAGAUUUUCUUGCGAUAAAUUAUUACGCAUCAAGUUAUGCUAAAAAUAAGCCACCAUCUUCAAAUGAAGUGUUGCGCUACACUCUCGACGUAGCAGCCGAAAUCAUAGAUGGCAAAGAUGCUCCUGGAUUGGGACAUGGAAAUUGGCCAGAAGGGCUGGAGAAAUUGAUGAACUAUAUAAAGGACAAAUACAAUAACCCCAAAGUCUACAUUGCUGAAAACGAGUAUCCAAAAAGCAUGAGAGAGUUGGUGAAGGAGAGGCUGCCUGAGUUUACUGAAGAAGAGAAAGUGAUGGUUAAGGGAAGUUUAGAUUUUCUUGCGAUAAAUUAUUACGCAUCAAGUUAUGCUAAAAAUAAGCCACCAUCUUCAAAUGAAGUGUUGCGCUACACUCUCGACGUAGCAGCCGAAAUCAUAGAUGGCAAAGAUGCUCCUGGAUUGGGACAUGGAAAUUGGCCAGAAGGGCUGGAGAAAUUGAUGAACUAUAUAAAGGACAACUACAAUAACCCCAAAGUCUACAUUGCUGAAAACGGAAUUGCUGGUGUCAGGAAUGAUGCUCUUGACCUUAAUGUACAAUUAAACGACGUGUCUCGAAUUAUCUAUGUUGUUCGUCACUUGUACCGACUCAACAAGGCGAUUAAGAAUGGAGUGAAUGUCAAAGGAUACUUCCAUUGGACUCUAAUGGAUGAUUUUGAAUGGGGCAUGGGGUUUAGGACUAGAUUUGGGCUUUACUACGUUGAUUUCAACAGAAACUACACUCGUAUCCCCAAGAACUCUGUUUUGUGGUUCCACAAUUUCUUGAAUGGCACGUAUGAGAGUGACAUAUACAAGAAUGCGGCCAAUAGAUUUACAAAGUGGUUGAAAGAUUUGUCGAUGAAUUAA